UAAUAGCAAUCAGUAAUGAUAUGAGAUAUUCUAUUAACAGCGAGGCGCCUGCGCCGUCUUAGUGGUGUUCGGAUAGGUCUGUUCACUAUAUCUCCGCCUUGCAACAAGUCCAUCAGCUUCUCCAACGCACACAUAUCGACUCCAUUAAUCUCCAAUUACUCCCUCACCAAAACUCCUCAAAAUGGAUUCCAUUCUCCUCCCAGACUCUCUCUCCCUCACGCGCUUACGCUUCUCUACCACCACCACCACCACCACCUAUGCUCUUCAGGCGCCGUGCCUAAACCUCUCCCGUCCCGGCCGUUCACUCUUCUCUGUUUACACCUCCUCAUUCCAUCGCAUCAUGGCGCUUCGCAGGUCCUCCUCCGUUGUUUUUGCUAGUGGCACCUUGACCGCCAAUUCGGCUUCGGCCAGUAGUGGAGUUUAUACAGUGGGUGAUUUCAUGACUAAGAAAGAGGAUUUGCAUGUUGUAAAACCUACAACUUCUGUAGAUGAAGCUCUUGAAAUUCUUGUGGAAAGGAGAAUUACUGGUUUUCCUGUGAUUGAUGAUGACUGGAAAUUGGUUGGGCUUGUUUCAGAUUAUGACCUCUUAGCAUUGGAUUCUAUAUCAGUUGACAUGUUACCAAUAUAUCAACUAGGCGGUGGACAAGGUGAUAACGACAUGUUUCCUGAAGUUGACAGCAAUUGGAAAACUUUCAAUGAGGUGCAGAAACUGCUGGGUAAAACCAACGGGAAAGUUGUUGGUGAUUUAAUGACGCCAGCUCCAGUUGUAGUUCGUGAAACAACUAAUCUGGAGGAUGCUGCUAGAUUGUUACUUGAGACAAAAUACCGCCGACUGCCAGUAGUCGACGCCGAUGGCAAACUGGUUGGAAUUAUCACAAGAGGAAACGUAGUAAGAGCUGCUCUUCAUAUAAAACGUGGUCUUGAAAAGAAGGCACAAUAGCUAUGUAUCUAUUGUUGAAGCCAUUUUGAAGCAGCCCUACAUGACUACUAGGAAUCAGGUAGAUCAUCAAGACCUCAUCUGUUUUAUGUGUAUAAUUUUGAGUAACGUUGUAUUAAUUUAUCAUUUAUAUUGUUUGCAGUAUAAAUGAAUAUAGGAUAAUUUACUAUCAAUGAAGCCAUUAGAGACCAA